AUGCGGUUUGCGAGUCGGGCAUUAGCCGAGACAGCCGUUGUGGUGAGGGUGGCGGACAACAUCGGUGCAAUUGGAUUCGCCGCCGUCGUCGACUUCAUCGUGGCCCUCCUCCUGAUUCACAUCGUCCUCUUUCGGCGAUGGCCUCCCUACAAGGCCGUUCACCCUGGGCUCAUCGUGUACACAGGUUUAGCUACGAUGUUGACAACGGUUUGGGUCAGCAUACGAUACGGCAUGUGGGGAGACGUGGUGAGCUGCACGGCGGGUUGCCUCGCAAGGGUUAGCCUGGGGGCGCUGUUCUCCUGCGGUGUCGUCAGGGUGUACCGGUACCACAACGUCUUGGUCAGCCACAGCGGCGUCAUGUUGCCAGUCACGGUGCAGGUGGCCACGUUCUUGCUGCCGUUUCUGAUUGGCCCGGUCAUGGUCUUGGCGAGGGGUGGUGACGCGACUCCGACGUUUGACACUACGGCCGGAGAGUGUCUGGAGACUUGGCCGCUACCGGGUAUCAGCGAAUGGGUGGCUGCCGGUAUUCUCGCGGCGACCGCAUUGGCGCUGGCGUUCCGGCUCCGCGUCGUACGAUCUCAGGCCCCGCACGAGUUCCUGUCCGCCGUGGCCACGUCCGCCUCGCUCGCCUUAGGCGUGGUCUCCCUGCCCUUGGUGGAGUCGAUCGUGACGGACACGGCCGACGAGACGGCCAUGCAUCAUCGUCGUACGGCGAUGCUCGUGAUCACGGCGCUGGUCGGGAUGGUGGUCAUGGCUGUGCCGGUGCUGCAUCCCCUCUGGCUGCUUGUUUUCAAGGACGAAGAGUUUAAUAGCGGGUGGGUGGUGUAGUGUGUUGUUGACAUGAAUAAUAAUAAAAAGUGUGUUUCCGCCGGAGGUACUUGAUGCCCUCGCGCAGUGUUUUUGUCGAUUGGCGCCUUCCUUUUGAAGCACGUUGUUGUUUGCUAGGUAGGCCUCUGACGGGCGAAGACGUCGAAAGCUGCACGUAUUUUGGAGGAAUAGCAAGUACGCGCUCUACCUCAACCCCUGAAUGGUGCUAUUCGGGUCUACAUAUAUUCCUUCGAAUGAUGAUACUGAGAACGGAAUCAUGAGUGAUUGCCGCGUGUAUGAUCGGCACAGGACGAAAGUAACGCCUGUGCAAUUUACCAGCGCUACUUGUCGAUUCCGCUGCGCCCCCCUUGGACAGCGGUGUGUACGGCUUCGACAAGUGGGGAAAACAAACCGAAAGUGUCCAGGACGUUCACAUGCAGAACCAAAUCAGCUGGGUCGAUACCUUGGUGAGAAAGCGGGGUAGAGAUGCGCUGGGACCAGCAUCCGCCACGGACGCCGCGUGCUUUCUGGAUAUGGUUGCGCGGGAUAAGGCGGAAGACUAUUGUCUGCGUCAGUCUCAACCCCGUGCCCCGGAGUCUCAGGCUGCCUUUCAAAACCAAUCUUGUCAAAACUUUCUUGGUCGUCAUUUGGGUGGUGGAACUUGAGCGUGACGGAUAGGUAUUUUUUUUUUUUUUGUCUUACUUCAAAUCAGCGCUCACAGCACUAGUGCCGUUUGCUCCAACCCGUGGUCACACAGAAGAGCCCCUCUCUACCUUCCCCUCCUGCGGUACUUUGCCUUCGAUUUUGAAUGCGAGAAGAGUUCAGCACUCUCUUCCCUCUGUGUACACACGAACUAGCGCUAUCCACCAGGCCAGGAGCGGAAGCGAGAGAAAAGCUCACUUUGCAAGAACAAGAAAAGCUCGCUUACGCCGGGAUUCGAACCCCUGACCUGACCUCUAGAAGGUUCCGAGGUUACCUACUAGACCACCGGGGC